AUGGAAGGCGAGUUAACCAGCAUAGUGGCCAAGACAUACGAGCAUCCUCGCCAUGGUACAGACAACAACAGACCCGACCUUCGAUAUAGUAAGGAGCUGCGAACCGUCUUGUACAUCACCGAAUUUGUGGUUUUACUGAACUACGUGGAGGUCGUUAUCCCACUAAUAUUCUCUACAUACUUGGUCACGAUGUAUCACCUCCCGAAUCGUGUUUACUACGUGGUUAGACGAGGACCAAUUACGCUGCACGCUUCUCAAUGUUUUGCUGUACUCAGGGCUCCAGCUGGUGUCUCUAGUGGUUCUUCACGUCGUGUUAUGGUACCGACUGCAUUUAUCGGUGUUGCAUCAGCUUUCGUUUGUCCUGGAAAGACAAUGCGGCCAAAUUCAGAACAGACUGAUCUUUUGGGGUUUCUACAACGUGUAGGCGUCGCUCCAACAAUUCGGUAG